AUUUCUAAACCACCACACUCACGUCAAGAGGUCGCCCAUCUUCUCCCCUGUGCGGCUGUGCCCGACGAAGCCGCCGCCGGAAAGGGGCUCGCCACCGACUCGUCCUCGACCUCGCAUCCCCGCCUCUCUAUAGCCGCCGCCGGCCUCCGUACCCUCCCCUCCAGCGACCCCGACUUGUGCCGCCAUCAACACCCCCCUCCGUCGGCAACAGUAAAGGAAGAUGCCUUCACUUCAAAAAGCUUUACCUCCAGAACUUGCUGAUAAUGCGCUCAGAUUAUACCGCGAGUGCUUAAGGAGGGCUAAGUUCAUUGGUAGUCAGCAACACAACACCGGGCUUCUUGUUUCUAUGGUGAGGCAGCAGUUCAAGAAAAACAUGCACGAAACUGAUCCAGAGAAGAUGCAGAAAAUGAAGGAUGAUGCGGCAAGGGGACUUAUCAACCACAUUAUAUACGAGUCCGAGAAGAUGACAGGGCGCAAGUUCUCGGGUUAAGAAAGCUGGAAGUAGACUCCCAGAAUAUGAUGUACGAAUAAUGUAGGACCAGCUAAUGAUCCGCUUUGUUGCUGUCUUGCUGACUCAUUAAACUGUUAUUUCCAGUUUACUGUGGUUCUGGGAUAUAGAGAUAUAGUUGACACACACCUGCUGAGUACUAUCUGGUUUUGUUGCUGGCUCGUUAAAACAGUGAUUGGAUCAUCUGUAUUUCACUGUGGUUCUGGAUGUAGUUGACCCAGAGAUGUUAUGCCUUGCAUGGUUUGGUUCA